AUGAGUGUAAUAAGAAAAAUAAUAAACUCCCCGUUGGUUCCAAAAUUACCUGGAGCUUACAAGUAUUAUUGAACUUUACAGUGAAUUUUAAAAAUAAAUUUGUAUAAAAAAAAAAAACAUAAUUUUAUUUUUAUAAUUAUAGUCAGGCGGUGCAGGUGGGCAAUGUAUUGUAUGUGUCUGGUUCAUUAGGCCUAGAUGAGAAGACGUUGAAACCGGUCGAGGGUGGAGCUGCUGCCGAGGCUAAACAAUCGCUAAAAAACAUCCAGGCGAUACUUAAUCAUGCUGGUACUUCAUUCAAUAAAGGUAAGAGAAAAAACAGUAAUUUCACAUUAUCAACAAUGUAA